AUGGAAUACCAAACACCACUGCCACCAGCAGAAGCAGAAGCAGCAGCGAAAAACGACUUUCCAGGGGAAGGAAACGAGACACGAAUGAUAAUGGCAGCACUCUCCACCCUCCCUCCCCACAACCUCGCCGCCCUCACCUCCUCCAUCCUCUCCCUCGCCGACGCCCGCCGCCGCCGCCUCUCCGCCCUCCUUACCUCCCCCGCCGCCUUCUCCCUCGCCCUCGCCCACCUCCACUCCCUCUCCCUCCCUCAAAAAACCCACCUCGUCGCCAAACACCUCCUCUCCUCCCUCCACCACCUCACCUCCCACUUCUCCCCUCCCCCUCCGCCGCCGCCCGCCGCCUUCUUCCACCACCGCGACGCCGACGCCGCCCUCCUCCUCCUCCUCCUCUGCGACCUCCUCCACCGCCACCCGGACCUCCUCGACGCCACACCCUACGACCACUGGCGCCUCGCCCUCGCCGCCCACUACCGCGCCGGCUCCGUCCUCUCCCACCGCGAGAUCGGCGUCUUUUACGGCGGCGUUUUGACCCCCUACGUCGAGCUGGUGUCGAGGUGCUGGAGGUUCGUGACGGGAGAUGGGCGGGGGGAGAAGAAGGCGGAGGCGCCGGCUGCUCCGGCGGCGGUGGUGGCCCUGCCGUCGGUGGACGGCGGCGGCGGAGGCGGAGGAGGGGAGUGCGUGGUUUGUAAGGAGGCGAUGGAGGAAGGGAGAGACGUGUGUGAGUUGCCCUGUCGCCAUUUGUUCCAUUGGAGCUGUAUUCUUCCGUGGCUGGUGAAGCGGAACACCUGCCCGUGCUGCCGGUUCCAGCUGCCCACGGAGGAUGUUGGCGGCGAGAUCCGACGGCUGUGGGGCUUUCUCGUCGACGCCGCUGGCUGUGGGGCAGCCGUCUGA